UAUCGUUCGGGUCAUCCAGACAAUAUCCAACUAUAAAUACAUCCCUCCUCAACUCCUGCGAAUCUGCGAUCCGUUGCCUUAUGAUUUUUUAGGCUCUUUUGAAGGAAAAAACUGGAUUAUGAGGUGUUAAAUCUUCAAGAGUAUCGCAUGUAUCAUCAUUUAAAGCUAUACGUUCGACGAUUGGUUCAUUCUGGCGUGUAUGAUUGAUGUGAAUCAAAUAAAGAAUACUUGAUUUUUAUGCAUUCUACUCAAAGGAGGGAACGUGAUUAUUGUUUGGAUCGCCAGAGAAUCGGCGGCUUUUCGUUAUUCGUAUGAUAGAGGUCCAAUCAAAUAUGGAGCACAGAGUUUGCAGGUUACUCUGAACUACUUCUACCUUACAAGCUAUAAGUUGAUUGUUUAGAACCAGUCUAAACUAAAGCAUACCAGAAUGGAUUUAGAACUUUUGAACCAUAUCAAUGUGGACUUAAAAUGGAACAUGCUGAAAAAAGGUCGUAGGAGCAUGGCUAGACGCCCCAGGAAGACAGGGGCAGACACUUUUGAAUUGGGUAACAAAAAACAAGAUCCAACUGCUUUCGAAACAAAGAAGGUAGUUGACACCCCUUUGAAGAGAAGAAGACUUGUGCAUGAAUCCCCAUCUACACCUCCUCAAAUUUCAUGUCUCCAUGGCUAUGGGGUUCUUCCACCUGGACCUCAGACUCCUUGUGUCCAUUAUGAAGAUCCUAGUCAGCGGUAUCAUUCUUCACUAUCUCAGAACCUGAAAACAAAGUCCAAGACUCGAUUGAGAAACAGUAAUAAAUCAAAACCGACAAAAAAAGUUGACUUUUCAGGUAUUGAACUUCUUGCUGCUGCUGCAUGCAGUAGCUUCAUUCAUGAUGAUGCAGAUUAUGUUGAUGAUCAAAAAGUGUUUAAAGAAGACACAACACCAGGAGUUGAUUCAUGUGCUGUUGAUAUAAAAGAAACUUUGAUAUCAACCGCGUCAGAUGGGGCAGAGAAAAAGGUUGCAUUAAGGCUACAUUGGGACUUAAAUACUGUAAUGGAUGAGUGGGAGGAGCCUUGUGAUGGUUUGAUGGUUAAAUCUCAGCCUCAGGAUAAUUGUUCAGAAGGUGUAAAGAUGAAGUUAGAAGAAGGGUAUGAAAGAAGAUGCACCGAAGGUGUAUCUGUGAAUCAAUUGCCUUUAGCUGAAAGCUGUAAUGAUGAUUCUUUUGAGAAAACACAUGAAUCGAUUGAAGAUUUGGGCAUAAAGACGAUUACCAGCAAGACGUCAGAUUGUGGUUGUGAAUCCCCAAAAGUGUUGAAAAGUUAUUGUAAGAAGAAAGGUGGUUCAGAAGAUCCUUGUGGUUCAAAUUCAAAUGUCACUGAAGAUGAACAUGAGGGUGAGAUGGAGAAAGUUGAAGAAGUUGGUUAUGAUUCUCCAUUUGAAGAUGGGGAGUUGAGAGAGCCGAAAAAAGAGAGGGUGUAUUAUGAGUCUGAUAAUACAUACAAAGACAAAGACAAAGACAAAGACAAAGAUGAGCUUGGGAGUAUUGAAAACCCUUUGUCAGAAGAAGCUGACCACAAUGGUGAAGGUCAAAGCUCAUUAUUGUUGGCUGACAGUGUCAGUGUGGAAGAAAGUAGGAAAAAUGUUGGUAGAAAUUCUCGAUCUUGGUGGGAUACAAGGAGCAGUAGUCAUGAGCACAAUAGACCGAGAAAUAUUACUAGAGAUUACUAUUCUUAUAGUCCAAGGGAUAGUGGUUAUAGGGCCCACUACAAAAGAAGGCCAUCAUCAUCAUCAUCUGAAAGAAACAAUGAAUAUGAUGAUAGUUACAAUCACAGGGCACCAAAUAGAUACAGAUUUCAUUCACGAGAAGACCAUUAUUAUCAUUAUCAUUAUCAUUAUUUAGAAAGAGAAAGAGAAAGAGAAAGAGAAAGAGAAAAAGAAAGAAAAGUAGGUUGCUAUUCAAGAUCCCGAUCAGGGUCUCCAAUCGCAUGGCAUUUUCAGAAGCCAAAGAAUAUUGAUGUAACACAGAAACAGAUACAGAGACAGAGGAGCCUUGAGUUUGAUCAACCUCAUUCUUCUUCCAAAUUUACAGACAAAGAGACACUCAUCGAUUGGGUAUCCGGAUGA